AUGUCUGUUCAUCUUGAGGUUACCACCCCAACGUACAACCCGGCCGAGUCACCACCUCACCUGCAAUCGACGGCAUUGGGUCUACCUGAGCAAGCUCCAAGGCUCUCGACGUUCUCGCAUCUCGAUCUCGACGACUCUGGUCAGAGUGAACACACUGUCGGGUGUUCCGUGGGGAUGCUCGUCCUGCUCUCCUUGCCUCGGAUGGCCACCAACAUGGCUUGGUCGGCGCAAUGGGCGGCUCUGGGUCCGUAUCUCGGCACAAUGCUGCCACGGUUUGCGGUGCAGCUCACUCAGCUGAUCGGUCCGCUCUCCGGGAUCCUCGUCGCGCCGACAAUUGGUGUGCUGAGUGAUCGCAGCUUAUGCAAGUGGGGACGUCGUCGCCCGUUCUUGGUCUACGGAGCAGUGACGAGUGCAGCGUGCUGGGUGUUGAUGGGAUACACACGCGAGUUGGGGGAGCUACUAGGCGACUCGGGCGACCAUCGUCCAUGGACUGCGUGGCUCACUAUCCUGUUCUACACGUGGAUGGACAUCACGGUGAAUGUGGUGCAGACGCCAGCCUUCCUCAUCAUCAGCGACUUCGCAGGCGACCGACAGACACUAGGAGCCAGCAUCGGACAGGCCAGCUCGACUCUCGGCUCCAUUUGGGUGGCAGGCUACAUCUACAUCUUCGGUGCUGCUCACUUGACGCUGCGUUGGUUCCUCGGGAUGCUCUCAGUUACCAUGCUGGCUUCUGUGGGUGCUGUGUGUGUGUUCGCCAAGGAGGAAGUGCCAGUCUCCAAAGACGUAGGACUGGGCUCUGAUGAAGAAGCUCCAAGCGCGAUGAAGCGGAUCGGAGAAGCCUUCUCCUCUAUUUUCCACGGCUUGAAGACGCUCCCUCGCACGCUGGCGGUUUACUGUCUUGUGUUUUUCUGUAUCCAGUUUGGCUUCACGGCCUACAAUGGCAGCAAGGGCCAGUUCUUCGGUAUCGAGGUGUUCGGGGGCAACGCUACGGACGCGGACGUCUGUGGCCCUAGUGAGUGCUCGGAGGACCAAGAACGCUACAACGACGGCGUGCAGAUUGCUGGAGGUCUCGCAGACUUGCUCUUCAAUGUGUUUGGAUACUUGUACUCGUGGGUGCUUCCGCUUCUGGUCUAUCGUCUGGGCGCGCGCUGGGUCAUCACUGUCGCGUGUAUUCCACAGUCGCUGCUGAUGGUCAUGGCGUUCACCAAAGUUGUCGCAGUGGACGUGACGAUCGUCGUGCUGACUGCCAUCACACAGGCCACGAUCUUCGCACUCAUUGUGCCUCUCAUUGUGCAUGUCUUCGGCACCUCGACGCAAGUUGGAAUGUACGUCGGCGCUGUCAACUCAGCCAAUUGUGUGGGUCAGUUGGUCAACUUCUUGGUUGGCGCUGCACUAGUGGAGACGUCGCUCGGAUACGCCUUGCCGGUGUUUGUGGGAGGCGCAUUCUCGCUCCUGGGCGCGCUGAUUAGCUUCGGAUUGCUACGCAUCGACAUGCACUCCAUGUAG